AUGUCUGAUUAUCCCCUUCAACCCGGACAAUACACCAUCGAGAACACGCACCAUGUGAUGCAGUUGGUUACUGCGGGAGAUAUCAUCCACGGAGACAGAAGAUCCUCCAGUGCCACUCAAACCUGGAAACUCACGUACGAUCACGACGGCUUCGCGAUGUUCCAAGGCAUUCCUCCUAAUGCGGCGGAUGGAGAUUUCAUUGGAAUAGACACCCAGGCAAGUUAG